AUGGCUGGUGGUAAUGAUGUGUGGCCCGUGAAGGAUGAUGUGGCAAGUAUGGACCUUUUGUCCAAGUCACAUCAGAUAUAUGGACCAGUUGUCAAGCUAUGGUUAGGUCCUACUCAGCUUCUGGUGUCGAUUAAAGAUCCAGAACUUAUCAAAGAGAUGCUCUUACAGGCCGAGGAUAAGUUGCCUUUGACGGGAAGGGCGUUCCGUCUGGCCUUUGGACGAUCGAGCCUUUUCGUCUCCUCCUUUGACAAGGUAAAAGAGAGAAGGAACUCAUUGGCUUCGGAACUGAAUGGGAAAUUGUUCGGCAGGGCAAUUGGAAUUCCUGCAAGAGUUGUGGACUGUGUGAUGGACAGAAUUCAGAAUGUCAUGGCUAGAGGAGGUCUGGAUUGUGCAAUGGUUUCUCAACAUUUAGCUUUUACCAUCCUGGGAGCGACGCUAUUUGGAGAUGAGUUUUUAGCUUGGUCUAAGGCAACUGUUUAUGAAGAGCUUCUCAUGAAUAUUGCUAAGGAUGCUUGCUUUUGGGCUUCGUACAGUGUUACUCCCUUCUGGAAACAGGGAUUUUGGAGAUUCCAGCAUUUUUGUUCAAAGCUAAAAUGUUUAACUCAAGACAUUAUCCAGCAUUGCAGACAGCAUAAAAAGGUAUUUUGUGAAAUGGAUCAAAGUCCUUACAAUGAGACUAAAAAUACAGGAGGAGACCCUGCAUUCUUAUGGGAGUUUGAUGGUCAUCUUCGUGGAAGAGAAGAAUCAUGUGGGGAUAUCGUAAGCUUGAUGUUUCAUGGGUCUAUAACUACUGCUGGUCUGAUUGGUAAUAUCUUGGCAAGCCUUGUGACACAUCCAGAUAUACAGGAUAAGAUUCACUCUGAGAUAAUUAUAAUGCGGAAAGGUUCUCAGGAACAAGACCGACUAGAUGUUGAUAGGAUGCCCUUUUUGUUGGCAACUGUAUAUGAAUCUGCCCGUCUUCUUCCUGCUGGGCCUUUACUACAAAGAUGUUCUCUCAAACAUGAUCUAGUGAAGAGGAAGCAAAGCACAUAA